AUGAGUUCGGACGAAGAUGAUUACAUGUCUACCAAAUUUUUGGAGGCAGACGCAACCAACCAGCAACUCACUUACAGCGAGAAAAGACGAAAGCAUUUGCAUAAUCAACAGAUAAAAUCCUACAUUAAGCCACGAGCUCAACUGGAACAAGAAGCUCGCGAGGAAGGGUUAAAGAAAGCCAUGGAUUCAGAGAAUAAAGGCAUGAAGUUAAUGAUGAAGAUGGGAUUCAAAACUGGAAUGACACUUGGAAAGAGUUCAACAGCUGGAAUCCAUGAACCUAUCAGUGUAGAAGUAAAGAAAGGCAGACAAGGUCUUGGGAUGGAAUCAAGUGUUAAGCGUGCAAGAGAUGAGCAAGAGGCCCAAGAGGUCAAAGAGGCUCAAGAGGCAUCUAAAAGAGUAGCAUUGGAUCCAAUGGCAUAUAGAGAGGCAAUGGCCGAGCGAGCAAAGGAAGGAAAAUUGACACGUCGGAUCGGGGCUUGUGCAAGUCUGUGUAAAAAGUUAGAUGAGGAAACAGGUGUAGAGUCAAAUAUUCUAUGGACACUGGUUCCAAAGCCUGUUACAGAAGGGGAGGACAAGAGUGAAGAAACUUACGAGGAUUUCUACCCAGCUGAAGCUCUAAAAGCGUUGAAAGAAUUAUCCUCAACUGAUAAACUCGAUCGUAUUAUCGCAUAUUUGCGCGAUAAGUAUGUGUAUUGCUUCUGGUGCGGUGCUCGUUACGACAGCCCUGAAGACCUAAAAGAGAAUUGCCCAGGAGAACAAGAAGACGACCAUUAAGGUUCUCUUUUAGAAUGAGUACAAUUUCUUUUAAGUACAAGCUUUUAGUAUUGUAAUGAAAAGGAAUCAAUUGACUUCAAACCUUGACAAGUUACGCAAAGUUGACUGUGUUUGUCGGUCCUUAAUAAUCUUCAUGUUAAAUAAACCUGCUUCAUCCCAACUC